AUGGACUACACUAUCCUCUCCUGGAUCUACGGCUCCAUCUCCCAGGAGAUACUCAGCAUCGUCAUGACCCCCGGCGGCACCGCCGCUUCCAUGUGGCAAUCCAUCGAGAACCUCUUCCGCGACAACAAGACCACACGGGCGAUCCAUCUACAGGCCGAAUUCUCCAACCUGGUGCAAGGCGAUCUCUCCGCCACCGAGUUCUGCCACAAGCUGAAGACCUUGUCCGACUCCCUUCGGGAUGUCAGCCAACCAGUGCCUGACCAAACUCUCGUUCUCACGAUGAUCAAGGGCAUGAAUCCCAAGCACAAGCACCUGUCGGCUCUUCUUCCCAUGAUGUCGCCGUUCCCCUCCUUCAUCCAGGCGCGGUCACUCCUUCUCCUCGACGAGAUGAACGACGACGCCGGUGAUCCGGCAGCUAAGGCCACCGCGCUCGUCGCUGACUCCCGCUCUACGCCAACACCGGCCAUCGACAACGGGGGUGGCUCUCGUGGCAACGGCAAUGGCGGCAAGAAAGGCAAGGGCAAAGGCAAGCAGGGCGGCAACAAGGGCUCCAACACCAACUCCAGCCCGUCGCCCCUCCCAGUCCAGCCGCACUGGAACCCGUGGACCAGCUAG